AUGGAAUUGAACCUUUGUUUGUAUUGCGAAAAGAGACUGGUGGACGAUAACAUUGCGUUUUGCUCCGUGUCUUGUCAAUCAAAUGAAGCCUCCAAAUCCUCCUCCUUUAUCCAGAUCCAGCCCACGUCAAUCAACCACAGCAGCAGCAACCCUACUCUGUUGCAAAAGUCAUAUUCCAUGUCUUAUCAUCGAAGCCCUUCUCUAUCUUAUUCUACUUCGACAAUCACUUCUUCCAGCAGACGCAAGAGGAAGGAAUCAUCACCUGCAUCGUUAUCAUCGUCUCUAUCGCAUCAAACUCAUGCUCGGACAUCACCGCCUUUCUUUCUAAUGCAAUCCAUAUCCACCUCAUCCUCAUUCUCAUCAUCUUUGUCAGAUAUAUCCUCCGUCUUUUCCUCAGCAUCGUGUUCAUGCGAAGAUAAAGCAAGUAUUUGUGCCCCCUAUCACAUCACAAGUACCACUCAAAAUAUCGCAUCUUGA